CCUGCCACUUCUUACAGCCCAGCUGUCCCCUCCCCUCCAGACACCAAGUGCCAGCACACAGCUGUCUCUUCUCGGCUCCCACCCCGACAAGCCGUCCAAGGUGGGGCCAAGUUGGGUGGGGCAGCCCCCCCCACCAUGUAUCCAGUGCCGUGUGAGGCCGUGUCUCCACAGAGGUUGCUUCUGAGCAGUGGUUCUGACUGGUGAGCAGGGAGCAGGAAAGGCAAGCCUGGGUUCUGGAUCGUUUUUGAAGUCCCUGACCCAGCCAUGCCUGUGCCGCUGCUCCCACUGCUGCUUCGAACGCUGCUGUCUCGCCUGCUGCUGCCUGCCGCCCGCCUGGCCCGCCAGCACCUCCUGCCCCUGCUGCGUCAACUGGCCCGCCGCCUGGGCUCCCAGGACAUUCGAGAGGCUUUGCUGGGCUGUCUGUUGUUUGUCCUCAGCCAGAGACACCCGCCAGAUGCUGGAGUGGCUUCCAGAGCAGCCAACCCUGAGAGGAGGAAGAGGCUAGCCCCGGAAAAAUGAGGCCGUGAGUCCUGGUAGCAGCAGGAACCAAACACUUGCUUUGGGAGUAAGACAGUCCUGGCAACAUCACUGACGGAAGCCUGCCCAAUGGGCAUUAGAUACGAUUCAGGGCUGAGCAUGAGCCGGUCUGACCAAGACAUGCCUCCCGGCUCCAGCAGCAAUGACUGGAACCAUGCGGAAAACCGAACUUUUCCUGUCCUUUCUGCAUUCCUCAAGACCUUGUCUAAUCACCUGGGGCUUCAGCAGGGAAAGGAACGGACUCUCCCGUCUCUCCCUACCCCCAGACAUAUGGGGGCCUGAGAUCCUGUGAGGGGCAAUCCUUAACCCAGGAACAACUGACAAUUUAGUGGAGAGGCAAGAUCUUAAUCCUGUUUUCCAGACCCAGGAUUUGCCUUAGAAGAAUAAGCAUUGAUUCCCCCAGAGAAUCAGUCCUGCUCCCAAAGCCUAGCACGCAGUAGGUGUUCAAUAAAUAUUUUUGAAUUCCUGGAA